AUGGUACAAGCCGAAGAAACUGCAGAUAUGGGAUCGAAGAAAGCGGCUCGUCGGACGAGCCCUCGUGUAGAAAUUCAGCGAAGGCCCGGACGACUUCCCAACAAGUAUGUUUUCACCGAAGAAGACGAUGUGUACCUCUACAAGAGAAAAGUACUUCACAACCGUACCUAUACAGAGAUUAGAGACAGUAAGGAGAAGUGGAAGAAUUGGCCGCUUUGGACGUUCCAAAAUCGCUGGCAUAAACAUCUCAAGGAGAGAAAUCUUCAUGCGAAGGGACAUUCGGCCUUUGAAAUCAAGCAAGACGACAAAACGAAGUACGACAACGAGACGAUUGCAGUAACCCUGCACCAUUUACCCACGCCCAGUUCUUCCGGACUUGAAGAUGAUAAUACCCCUGUCUUGAACAGGGCGGAAGAUAGCAUUGCAGAUGCUGUAUCGUCUAGCGUCCCGUUCGACGAUGACGAGCGCGAAUUGCUGUCGCUAGCCGGCGCAGAUUUGAGCGAAGAGCAGCUCCUACUCGAAACAGAAGAAGAGCCGUUCUUUCCAGACGCAGAUGAAACUGUUCUGCCCUCCGUUGAGCAGGAGGAGUUCGUCGAUGAAGAUCUGCUCCAGCAAGGUUUACUCGAGGACUCGGCUUCUGAAGAGAUCAAAGUAACGAUGCCAAGCAAGAUCAAGAGCGAGGUCCAACAAUCACCACCCACGAGCACGCGGAGACGCACACGAGCUGCAAUAGUACACCACACAGUCCCCGAUACUGAAGCCGACAGUAGUUUCCAGAAUGGCAACAACUCAGUCUCACAAGAGAACAUCCUCUCUGUCUGCGACUUUUGCCACACGACUUUCAACACUUUCCGGGGCCUGCGUGUUCAUCUGCGUGUUCAUCUGCGUGUUCAUCAAGCAAACUCACCCUCUACGCAUGAAAAGGCCCGACCAAAGUCUCCAUCCAUCGAUCUCGUUGGCGACGAUGAACUCCAGGCAGACGUCCCCAGUACGCCAAAGAUCAAGCGCGAAUUCAGUACACCUCCGCCGACCAGUUUCCUCUUCAGCACACCGGCUGCACAGUCACAAUCGCGGCCAGAUGCAACAUCCUCGGAUGUCAAGUCGGCAUCUGGACUAAGCCGGAGAGCAUAUCUCAAGCAAGUAAAACAGUCUUGGACCAAGAAGUCCUCGCCUGCGCCCAAGACCCUGAGCAAAAGAAAGAGCUUUCACACUCUACCAAGGAAGAAGGGAUUGGGUUGA